AUGAGUGCGCUACAGCAAAUGCUCACGAGGCAGAAAUGCGCCAUGCGCUCCAUCGAGCGCAGCCUAACCAAUUUCAAAAAAUUGGGGAAGGAAAAAAUGACCGCAGCCGUAACGACCAAUCGAAGAAGUCAGCUGGAAAAGGCAUUCGACGAGUGCAAAACCAUUAACGUCGAAUUGCACGUUCUCGCGGACGACAAGGAGAAGGCCACGAUCCCGUACUUUGCCGAGGACCACUUCGACGAUUGCGAAACCAUCUUCCACGAAACCAUGGAUUUCAUGGCGGAUUGGCUCGCUGGGCUUACCAAGUCGUCACCGAUGCUCAACAACGGCGAAACGACGACACCGUCAAGGACGAGCAGCCAUCUUCCCAGCCUACAAUUGCCGACAUUCGACGGAGCGCUCGAGCAGUGGGAGAAUUUGAAUCUCGCCGACGACCAGCCCAUGAGUUCGGAUCCAAUAGAUCUUUUGAUUGGAGCUGACUUGUAUGGGCAGUUGCUCACAGGGGAAAUUCGGAGACGAGCUGUCAACGAACCUGUGGCACAAUCCACGAGGCUAGGUUGGAUCCUCUCAGGUCCCAUCCACCAAUCCAAAAUUCCGUCGCGAGUCGAAGUGCACCAUAACGCGGUUUUCGAGCGUCUCGACGAAAGCAUCCGCAAGUUCUGGGAAGUUGAAACAAUCCCGGUUCAGUCCGUGUUGUCGCCCGCGGAAGAGAAGUGCGAAAGGCAUUUUCGGACGACGCACUCGCGAGCGGAAAACGGAGAGUCCCGAUCCGCCGCCGAGAAUUGCCUCCUUCACUUAGAAAACCGAUUUCGUCGCGAUCCGGAGCUAGCAUCCGAAUACAACAUUUUCAUGCAAGACUACGAAUUGCUCGGGCAUAUGAGGAGAGUCGAGGCUAACGCGACCACCGGUGGGAGUUAUUAUAUCCCCCACCACGCCGUAUUUCGUACCGCAAGCAAAACCUCUUGCCUGCGAGUCGUGUUCAACGCGUCGCGAAAAACCACAAAUGGGCAGUCUUUGAACCAUUUGUUGAUGAGCGGUCCAAAGCUGCAACAGGAUCUGACGAGCAUUUUUAUGCGAUGGAGGCAGUACAAAUACGUGUACACCGCCGACAUCGCCAAGAUGUACCGCCAGAUCCUGAUCAGCGAGGCUGACGUGGAUUACCAAAGAAUUUUGUGGCGAAAUACCCCCGCGGACCCGAUCUCGGAGUAUCAACUCUUGACCGUGACUUAUGGCACGACGUCAGCACCAUUCCAGGCAAUUCGAGUCCUUCAACAGCUCGCUCACGACGACGGAAAACUGUUUCCCCUCGCGAUCCCCAUCAUCAAAAAUCAGACGUACGUCGACGACUGCCUAUUCGGAGCUGAUGAUCCGAAUCAGCUCCGCGAGUCCCGCGAUCAGUUAGUCGAUUUAUUAAAAAAGGGCGGAUUUCACCUCCGAAAAUGGGCCAGUAACGACCCCGCGCUAUUGAGCGAUAUUGACCCUUCAGACCAUGGCCUAGCCAGUGGUCAAGCCAUUCCAACGGACGAGAAUUUGUCCAUACUCGGAAUAUCCUGGAAUCCAAUCACGGAUACUUUCCAAAUUAAAGCAAACGCGAUUAGUGAUCCACCGCGAACCAAACGAGCCAUUCUGUCUGAAAUCGCAAAACUGUUCGAUCCGUUGGGCUGGAUCGUGCCCGUCAUCGUCACCGCGAAAAUUUUAAUGCAACAAUUAUGGCAAUCGCGUUGCGAUUGGGACGAUAAUGCACCGGCCGCGAUACUGAACCAUUGGAUCACCUAUUGGGAUCAACUACCGCGCGUAAGCGAGCUGUCGAUUCCACGACUAGUCGUUUCGGGCCUGACUCACCGUCGGGAGUUGCACGGAUUCUCAGACGCCUCCGCAAAAGCAUACUCCGCGGUAGUAUACCAAAGAAGUAUCGCCUACGAUGGACAAAUCCAAAUCGCUAUCCUCGCGGCGAAAACACGAGUAGCACCACUCAAAACUAUCUCGAUUCCGCGAUUGGAAUUGUCAGCAGCUUUGCUGCUUGCCGAACUCGUUAAAUAUAUUCGACAUUCCACUCCGCGCUACGAAUACGAUGUCUUCUGCUGGACUGACUCAAGCAUCACACUAUGGUGGUUGAGCAAAUCGCCGAAUCAGCUGAAGACAUUCGUCGCUAACCGGGUUGCAAAAAUCCAGGACACAUUACCCGAUGUUACCUGGUGCCAUGUUUCAACCGACCAGAAUCCCGCCGAUUGCGCGUCCCGCGGCCUCCUCCCAGCGGAAUUAGAGAACCACCGAUUAUGGUGGACCGGUCCACAGUGGCUUCGCGAAACAAAGCACACGUGGCCCACUACAACUCCUGUAGUUCCCCCUGACAUUUGUCGCGAGGAGCGAACAAAUUUGCAAAUAUGCGUGGUCACGACCGCAAAACCAUGGGAAUUAGCAAACCGCCAUUCGUCGUGGCCGAAGCUCCUUCGCGUAACCGCGUACGUAAUGCGAUUCGUCGCAGCCGUCCGAAAAAUCAAACGAGUGCACUCGACUCACCGAGAUUCUUCGGAAAUAUCCCCGCUCGUCCUGCAUCCAGAGGAAAUCGCGCAAGCCAAACUCUUCUGGCUCAGGACAAUGCAGGCCGAGACCUUCCCCUCCGAAGUAUCCCAGCUCAAAAAAAAACCUACCACUGCCAAAACAUAG